AUGCGCGAAGCUUUCCAAUAUUCCCACCAGCUAUACAUUCGCAAGCCCUCCUCACCCUCCUCUGACGACGAAGCCGCGACCCAACAGCUCCUCACCGAAUCCCACUCUCCACUCGCAGACCUACCCCCACCGUCCGCAGUGCUUGGCGCAAACCUCCUCAAUGCAGCGCGCAUGAAUCCUCCGAGUGGUAUUCCAGAAUGGAUGGUGCGCAAACAUGGGCCGGGCAAGCUCAAGCGGGUUAGCAUGAAGAGGGAUGAUAGCUCAAAACAGAAUCUCGCGAUAAGAGGAGACCCGUACGAGAUUGAACUGAGCCCUGAGAAAGGCAGAUAUGCUUUGCCCGAGAAGGUCAAUCACAAGCCAUUGAAGAUUCUUAACAAGAAGAAAGGGAGGAAACGGAUAGUGGAGGGGGCAAGUAAGGUUCCUGUGGCUUCGUCGGAGCUUCCAGUGCACGAUAAAGACUCAGCAGAACCUGACAUACGUUCCCCGCCGCCUGAACUCGCCGCGCCAGGAAACGAUGCGGUUGCCGUCGAUGAUACUCGCCAGGAGACACCCCUCAGUAUAGGCGACAUACCUACUGAUGCACCAGAGGAUCGUGCCGAUACACAAGUAACAUCGAAACGGAAGUCGGAGUCGGACCACAGUGAAGACGGGCCUACCAAGUUUCAGAGAGAACAGAGGACGACGGUCGGCGACUCAAUCUCAUCGAGGAAGAACCAUCCGCAGGUACAGGUCACAGUACGGCGGAAGUCGCAAGAGAAGAAAGCGACCAAACCGACAGGACACGACAAUGGCAUUCGAGGGACACAGGAAGAGGAUUCAUGUCUAGAACUUGCGACACAAAAAGCAAAGUCUCGAAGAAAACGUAUUAAUGAUACUACCGGGAUCAGUCAGCAGCUACCAGCCAAAAAGCGGGGGUCCCAGGGCCGCGCAGAAUCUUCCAGGAAAGCCCCGGAAACAGCUGAAGCCGUGGCCACCGAGACUGCGCCUGUCAUCAGCGAGUCCGAGCACGGGUCAGACGAAGAGGGGUCCGGAAGCGUUGCCGACGACGAUGAUAAGAUUGUGCGUCCUACAGGACAGCCUGGGAGUAUCGAAACUGUGUUCGAGUUCCUCAACCUCGAGGCGCGAUCACAAAAGUGCCGAACCAAAGUAGCUACCUCCAUCAGGCACACAGUCCUUGAAGAGACCAACGGACUACAAGAGACGCUCAGGCAGAUCAGUACCAGUGUCCAAGAGAAGGACCGGCGCGCCUUCAAAGGUGACGCGUAUGGCCAUGUUUUCCGGGCCCUUACAGUAUACCUUGAAGGAUUGUACAAUUGGCUACACGAAUAUGGCGGUACGGUGACUGUGUCUUUGAAAGCUAUGCGAAUACUUUCCACCCUGAUACACCAAAUAUUGGCGUUCAAAGACACGAUCACGGGUUGGGAUGUUUCAGUGCCUCAACACUUCAAGGGCGAUAGGAUCAUCAAGGACGUUGAUAUCGGUCUUAUUGCCCAUCUUCGACACGUAUACAAGACGUAUCGCAAACGCUUGAGUAGGCUUGAAGCCGCGGAGCAAUAUCGCGAGCAGCAAGCGGACUUCGAACGCAAAAUGAAAGAAAAGGAGGAAGAUGAAGACCGUAAAGCCAAAUCUGUUGAGGCUCGAGCGGAGCGGUGGAAACGUUGGCAAGAUCUACAUAUCAAGCGCAUGCUUUGUGAGCCUGACGCACGAAGAAGACGAAGGCUGGCCAUCACAAGACUUGAAGUCUUGGAAGAGAGAGAUGCCAAUGGUAUCGUCUUUGAGCGGCUGCCGGUCUUCAAGUCUCGGUCUGCUCCUCCGCAUCGUCAAGCUUCGACGUUGGACGACGAUCCAGAGUGGACUGAACAGGAAGAGACUGCUCUGCUCGACGGCUUAAAACAUUAUGCUGGUUCCCAAGUCUUCGAGAAGAUCUUCACAACGUAUUGUCGGCCUAAUUCGUCUUACCCACUCGGCGGCCAUCUGCGUGAACGCAGCGUCGCAGAAAUUGUCACAAGAGCAGCGCAGUUUCGCUCAGACUUGCAGAAGUUGUAUCGAGAGAACGGUUGGGAAUUUGAGGACUGGAUUACUAAGAUUCCUGUAUUGCCCUAG